AUGUCCACCAACGACGACAGGAAGCUGCCCUAUGUCCGGCUCGGCAACUCGGGCCUCAAGGUCUCCAAGCUCAUCCUCAGCUCGAAGGUCUCGCCGUGGCUCCUUGACGAGGAGGAGUCGAUCGAGCACAUCAAGUAUGCGUACUCGCGCGGUCUGAACACGUUCGACACGGCCAACGCGUACGCUGGCGGCUUGAGCGAGAUUGUCCUCGGCAAGGCUCUCAAGGCCCUCGGCGCACCCCGUGAGUCGGUCGUCGUCCUCACCAAGGUCUUCUUCCCGGUCGCCUCCCCCCUCGGGCAGCCGAGCGAGGAAGAGACCGCCGCCCUGGUCAACCAGCACGGCCUGGGCCGCAAACACAUCUUUGCGAGCAUCAAGGAGUCGCUUGAGCGCCUGCAGCUCGAGUACGUCGACGUCCUCCUGUGCCACCGCUUCGACUAUGACACGCCGAUCGAGGAGACGAUGCAGGCGCUGCAUGAUGUCGUCAAGGCUGGGUAUGCGCGCUACAUUGGCAUGUCGAGCUGCCAUGCAUGGCAGUUCCACCAGAUGCAGAACUACGCCAUCACCCACAACCUCACGCCGUUCAUCUCGAUGCAAAACUUCCACAACGCGUGCUACCGCGAGGAGGAGCGCGAGAUGGUGCCCACGCUCAAGCUGUUCGGGUGCGGCAUGAUCCCGUGGUCGCCCCUGCAGCGCGGGUUCCUCACCCGCCCGGUGGGCGAGGAGACGAAGCGCCAGGUGAACGACUGGGGCUUCAAGUCCCGUCUGGGCGGGGACGGGCCGGACGCGGCGCAGAUCGCCAUCAACGAGCGCGUGCAGGCCAUCGCCAAGGCGCGCGGGGUCAGCAUGGCGCAGGUCGCCGUCGCGUGGUCGCUUGCCAACGAGUUUGUGACUGCGCCGGUUGUCGGCACGACGAGCCUCGCCAAGCUCGAAGACCUCAUUGCCGGCGUGUUCUUCAAGCUUACCCCCGAGGAGAAGAAGAGCAUCGACGACGCCUACGUCCCGCGUGCGGUGGUGAGUGCUGUGACGAGCGGCGCGGGCUGA